AUGUGGAGCCCGGCGGCGGACGGAUUCUACACCUUCGGUGGGCAUGACGGAGUACACCAUGCCGCAGUGUGGAGCCCGGCAGCGGACGGAUUCUACACCUUCGGUGGGUCGGAUGGCAGCGCGUACGUCAACAACUUGUGGUUCUACGCGCGUCAGGCAAACAGCUGGACAGAGCUCAGCCCGAGUGGCACGGCACCGUCCAUCCGCGCUGACCAUGACGCAGCGUGGAGCCCAGCGGCGGACGGAUUCUACGUGUUCGGUGGGUAUGACGGCAGCAGCUAUCUCAACGACUUAUGGUUCUACGGGCGUCAGGCAAACAGCUGGACAGAGCUCAGCCCGAGUGGCACGGCACCGUCCGGGCGGAGUGGUCAUGCCGCCAUGUGGAGCCCGGCGGCGGACGGAUUCUACGUGUUCGGUGGGAAGACCGGCAGCAGCAAUGUCAACAACGACUUAUGGUUCUACGGGCGUCAGGCAAACAGCUGGACAGAGCUCAGCCCGAGUGGCACGGCGCCGUCUGCGCGGAGUUCAAGUUACCCAGUGUGGAGCCCGGCGGCGGACGGAUUCUACGUGUUCGGUGGGUGGGACGGCAGCAGCCCUCUGAACGACUUAUGGUUCUACGGGCGCCAGGCCGGCGAGGGCCAUCGCCAGAUAUCGCGAGCUUAA